UCUUGGUGGACAAGUUUAGAUGUUUUGGAAAAUGUCAUACAUUGCUACAUUACUUACGGAUGAAGGAGGAUACGUGUAGGUUUUAAUGAGGGGACCUCCCAAGGUGCACUUCUCCCUCCUGAAGCUGUCUGGCGAGCAGGAGAAGCAGAGUGUGACGGGUCAGUCUGUUACUGUAUGUCUAAACGCUCACUCCUGCUCAGAGGAUCCCUGGACGGACACAAAAUGAACCUGCCGUCCAGAGAGGAGUGUGAGGGGUGGGACCAGGCGCAGGUAGCCCUCUUCAUGUGCAAGAACAAAAUGCCAGACUGUGCCGCGGUCGUAAACAGACUGAGGAUUAAUGGACGAAGACUUCUGAACCUGUCCGACUGUGACAUGAACAAGUUCAGCCUCAUCCAUCAACCGCAGCUUCAGAAGAUCGUUCAAGACAUCAAGAAAAAUGACGGCAGCUUGCUCAACAAACUGAGAAGGCUGAAGAGCAAACCAGUUCCAAAAGUACCUGCGAGAGAUUACAGAGCAGAUGAUAACAGGGAUUGUGAUGACCAGCUGUCUGACUCUGAUUAUGAUAAUGACAUGUACGAGGAUCCUCGGGAGCAGCACGAUGACAGCUACGAGCCUCCUCCCAGUCACAAAGAAUUCACCACAACUCCCUCUGCUUCCUUCCCGAGGGGCGAGUAUCUCGACAACUCCCGUAACCGACCUGAGCGGCUGCCCAGGAAGCCCCUACGCCCAAGCAAAGCCUCUAAACAGCUGCCUCCUGAACCCCCACCUGGGGGGAGUGAUGACGAAGACUACAUCAAUCCAGACAGCAACGAUGAAGACAACUAUGUAGAACCUGAUGAAAAUCCCCCUUCAAAUCAUGUGUUGCUGGGUGGGAGUAGGACAGGGAGGGACCGCCCUGUGAUGCCUUCACCUUUAUCAACUCGUCAAUCCAGUCCUGGUGCUCAUAUCUUCCCUGACCAACAGGAUGGCUCGUUACGUCGUCCAACAAACAGAUUGUGUCCAACACCAGCGAAACACUCGCCUUCUUUACCACCGAAACCCUGCCCCAGAAUUAUGAAGUCGUCUACAAAUGUUCAGGAGCCCACAGAAGAAGAUGAAUAUGAAGUCUGUGACCCAAACGAUGGUUCAUGUAAUAUACCUGUGGAUGGUCCUCCCAAAUUCCUCCCCAAACCUUUGCCCAGAGAGAGGUCACCAAAACCACCCACAAGGCCGAGGCCAGAUUUUAAACCGAGGGAAUUUGAAAGUCGAACGCUGCCAGCGAUGCCGACUGAGCCGAAGCCUCAACCAAAAACUUUUACACUGGACCUGAAACGACCAAAAAUUCCUCUUCCUCACUUCACCUCCUACAAAGCAGCUGACAGAGAAGCUGUUUCUGCUGAAGACGGAUCAGCAGAUCAAGACAAGGAUGCAGACGUGUUGAGGAAACCCUGGUAUGCCAACACAUGCGACCGAAAGACUGCUGACGACAUCUUGUUGUGCUCGAAUAAAGACGGGGCGUUCAUGGUGAGGAAGAGCUCGGGUCAGGACGCACAGCAGCCGUACACGUUAGUGGUGUUUUACAACAGCAGAGUGUACAACAUCCCAAUCCGCUUCAUGUCGGCUACUCAGCAGUACGCUCUGGGAAGAGAGAAGAAAGGGGAGGAGUAUUUCAGCAGCGUUGCCCACAUCAUUGAGAACCAUCAGAGGAAUCCUCUGGUGCUGAUUGACAGUCAGAGUAACAGCAAGGACGCCACCAAACUGUGCCACCCUGUGAAGCCCUAGAUGAGCAUUCAGCCUGCUGAUUGGACUUUUGCAUCCCACUUGCUCCUGCUGAGUUCACCGUCAAGACUCCUGAUUGUUGGAUUUUCCUCCUGCAUUAUGCAGGAUGGUGCUGGACUCGCCUGCACGGCUGGCCCUGCAGAGCUAAAAAAAAAAAAAAAACUGUUUGUUUUUUAAGACUUAAGUGUGGAAAUGUAUGAAAAUGAAUGUGACCAUGUCGCUGAUGAACAAAUCAGUUCUUUGUGAGUUUGCAGUGACAAAACAACACGGUUGUAUAUUAUGUUUUUAAUAAAACUCUUGUGUUGUACAA